UGGAUCAGUAAGAAAAAACGUGUGGUGAGAGAAACAGAGAAUUGAAAAGAAAUAUUUUUCCAAAAGCAUUACCGUAUUUCACUUGUUCUUCAUUUUCGGUAACCCAAAAUCGUCCCGAUUAUUCACCGAAACACAAAACCGAUUUCAUAUCUUUGAAGUUCGUUGAGUCCAGGUCACAAAUAUCCAAGGUUCAUUUCAUUCCGGCGUCGUUUCACCGAUCAAAAGCGACGUUGAAGUCAGGUACUCACGAAGGCAGCCAGCACUGCGUCGGUGACGGUUUCCAGCUUUCGGUCGAUCAUUUGGACGAUCAGAAGUUCAUCCUCUUCACACAAGGAAACAUGGAUUUUGGACGGAGAAGUGUGAAAAGGUACAAUCUCAUCAAUCCAAAGAUAGAUGAACUAAAGAAACUGGUUUCUUCGAUCGCAGAUCCUAUUGGUUUCAGAGACAGAUAUGGGGCACUUAUAUCUUUAUUGACACUUAGGAUGGAAGAAGGGUUAUUGCAGACAUUAGUACAGUUCUAUGAUCCAGUCUAUCACUGUUUCACAUUCCCAGACUAUCAACUCAUGCCUACAUUGGAAGAGUAUGCCCAGUUGCUUCACAUCCCAGUUGCUGAUACAGUACCUUUCUCUGGUUCAAAAAAGUUACCCGAGCACAGUUCUCUUGCAAAAGUGUUAUACAUGAAGAAGUCAGAAUUCAAGAAUAACUUCACCACCAAAGGAGGACUUCCAGGUUUCACUGCCAAGUUCUUAAUGGGGAAGGUUUCUUAUUUUGCCAGUCAAGGUUGUGAUAUUAUUGUGGAGCAUCUGUUCGCCUUGUUGAUCUACGGUUUGUUACUAUUUCCUAAUAUUGAAGGUUUUGUGGAUUCAUAUGCUAUACGCAUCUUCCUAAGUGGUAAUCCUGUUCCAACUUUGCUCGGAGACACCUAUCAUUCCAUCCAUUACCGUACUUUGAAAGGAGGAGGAACCAUAGUCUGCUGUAUACCGUUACUCUAUAAAUGGUUUGUCUCUCAUCUUCCUAAGUCAGCUACUUUUUGGGAUCGCAAGUCAGGACUUCAGUGGUCACAGAGGAUUAUGUCUCUUACCCAGUCAGAUAUUGCAUGGAAUAGUAGAGACGAUGUGAAGAUCAUUGAUAGUUGCGGGGAGUUCCCCAAUGUGCCCCUCAUGGGCACAAAGGGAAUCAUUUCUUAUAAUCCAGUACUUGCUAGGAGACAACUCGGUUACCCUAUGAAGGACAAGCCUCCUAACAUUCUUUUAGAAGGUAUUUUCUUGAGGGAUAACGAGGAGGACCCUACCAUGAAAGAGAGAGUAGUAAGAGAUUGGCAUCGUGUUUGUCGCAAAGGGAGACUUGAAUUGGGUAAGAAAGAUUGUACCUCCUAUGAGCCGUACCUCUAGUGGAUCAGAGCCAGAGCUAUACAGUUGAAAAUGCCAUACCCACAUCAUGAUCCUAUCAAACCCGCUCCGUUGAAGACCCCCUACCUUCCGCUAGAUGACAAAGAAGAACUCCAAGCCACCUUGGAGAGGGUCAAGAAAGAGAGAGACGCUUGGAAGGAUAAGGCCCGGGUGCUCGAAAUGGAAAAUGAAGAACUUCAGAUACAGUUAAA